CAGUAGGAUUACGAGGCUGUCCCUCGUCGAAUGGAGGCCCUGUCAUGGCUACAGCAGUGACCACUUCAGGUUUGGCUGAGAGCUCCCACUUGUCUGAUGCCAGCUCUGCCCAGGGCAAGAUGCCAGACCCCAUCAAGAGGUUUCGGAGCAGUGAGCCAAAAGCAGUUGGUGUUGCGUUGUUGAUGUUGGGGUUAAUAAUCUUCACACUUGAAGUCAGGUACAUCUACAGUGUACCUUCAAGAGUCAUCCAGACUGGGGCAUCCUUUCUCAUUGCUGUGUUGUUUGUCGUCACAGGCAGCAUCGUGUAUAUCGGUGAUGAGAAACCGCACCAAGUACUUCUGAGAGCAUGCCUAGCCUGUGCAGUCCUCAGUGUUCUCAUCUCCGCAAUUGAAUUGAUCCUCUACCUGGUGGAUCUCAGCGAACACAGGAAGUUGCCAGUCAACUGCCUGGUGGGUGAGGACUACAGUCGAUGCUACCACCUCCUGAACAAACAGAAAAUGCUGUAUGUGUAUGUUCCGAUCUUUUACCUGCUGACACUGAGUGGGACGGUACUGUGUAUCAUCAUCUCUAUCAGCGUCUAUGAGGUCCUUCGCUCCUGGAAACCAGAAAUGGGCCAGUCGCUGCUAUUGUCACCUCCCCUUGACGUGGAAGGAGCUACUUUAAUAUCCCCGGAGCCGGACCAUGUGCCUACGGAACACCCUGAGCCAAUGCCGACUCGCGGAACCAGGGAUCCAAGGAAAUCCAAAUCUGGGGCAGGCAAGAGGCCCCUAAUGGUUGAGAAGUUUCUGGAAGGAAAGCCCAAAAUUUUAGGGAUCAUCCAUACAAAGUGCACUAGGGUGACAGAGCAGAGCGAGGAAUACAAUGCUGCAGCCGCAGAGACGGUGCACAGAAAGCGAAAUCAACGUUAA